AUGGCGGCCGCCAGUCCGCCUGACUGUGCUACCCCGGAGUCUGGAAACGUUGCGAUAAAGACGGAGCCUUUAGACGGGGAUGAUGCGCCGCCCACGCUGCGGGACGUGCCGGUUCGACGCGACCCGGUGGUGCCGCUGCUGUCCCCGGUGAGCGGGCCGCAGCCGCUCCGCUGGUCUCCGGAUCACCGGCUGUCCGUGUGCACCUCCAGCUCCCUGUCCGUGCUGGAGCUGCUCUACGACAUCCACAGCAGCAGGCAGGACCUGAGCCUCAACCGAACCUCCAUCCCUGUCCCGACCCAGACCCACAAGCUGCGGGUCGGACCGCCAGAUGAGCUGUCGCGUGCUGUAAAGAAGUUCUCGUUGGAUCCGGACCCGACUGUGCGGCAGGUCUUUCUGGCGGACACGGUGAUCAACCCAUCAGUCGGGGUUCACAGUGGGAUGAAGUUCGCCAGCUGGUCUCCGUUGGGCUGCGACUCCUGCGGCCGCUGCCUCCUCGCCUGCCUAACGCUCGAUAACCGACUCACCGUUCACAGCAGCCGCGGCCACCUGGAGUGGAAACUGCUGGCCGAUCUUAGCGAGAAUUACGGCGAGCGGCUAAAGGAGCGAGGCUACGCCAAGAAGGAUAGCAACCCCCCGCAGGCGGACCUGUUGGACCUCGCCGAGCUGCAGCGGCGGUUCCGCAUGCAGACCCCUUUAAAGAUGGAGUGGUCGAGUGUUUACACCAUCAAAAAGGUCCAGGCGGACAACAGCUGCGUGGAUGAAGAGAUGGUUCUGCUCGCCGUCCUGAUGGAAAACGGCGACCUCGUUUUGUGGAAGUUUGUGCUGCCGUUCGCGGACGGCGACGACGUUGUCUUCUACGACCUCAUCGAGUCCGGCGUGAGCAGACCCAGCGACUUGGCGUGGUGGGAGUACGAGAACAGCAAUCAGCGGAUGGGAGGGCUAAUCGUCGGCAGCGAGGUUGGACCCGUCAAGAUCAUGCCGGUCAGCCUGUCGAAAGUGAAGGGCUACUGCACGCUCCGGCUCCCCGUCAUCCUGUGGAAGGAGUGCGACGAGAUCGCAGUGGAAAACAUCCGGUGCUUCCCGGUGAUCCACCCGAUCCAUAAAACCAGCUGCAGCCUCAUCGUCGCCUCAAGGGGUUGCUACAUCUUCUGGUGUUUGCUGAUGGUUUCACCAGACGGACUCAACAUUCACAAUUCCCACAUAACGGGACUCAACUCGCUGCCUGUCGUCUCCUUGGUGGUCAGUCAGCAUGAAGUCGCGGUCUACUCCUGCUCCAUGGACGGUUGGAUCAAAAAACUGACGCCGACGUUCACGGAGAGCUCCGUUAUCUUCAAAGUAGAGGACUUGGUUCAGCCAGAAACCCUUACGGGACGGUGGAUACACGGGAUUGCCGUUAGCCACAACGGCACAUACCUUGCUCUGGUCAGCACCCCGGGGAUCGUCGGUAGCUUCCACCCUAUCCACAAGAACUUCCAGAUCCACUUCCUGACGCUGAAAACUCCUGAAGCGGCUGCAUCGCUCCUGCUCAAGUCCCCCGAGCAGAACCUGUUCAAAACGGCGGACUUGCUCGACCUGGUGAAGUGGCAGGUCCUGAAAACCAAACGCGUCCCUGCGUCGCUCCAGGAGGAGCUCGACCGCAAACUCCAGGAAGUGGACUCGCCGUACUUGUGGCGCAUCAAGCUCUUUUUGGCGCGCGUUCUUCACCUGACCCUGCAGGUGCCGCGCACAGAGAACAAAUGGAAACCCAGGCGGACGGCGGUCAAAGUGUUGGUACAAGAUGAGGAAGAAGACGAGGAAGAGGCUGUUGAGAGGGUGGAAGGCGAGGCUGGUGGAGUUGAAGGGGAAGCAGAGGCCCGAAGGGCCGAGAUUCAGACUCUGAUGGAAGCGGCUGAGACGCAUCUGAUGAGGGAUCACAUGAAGAAGGUUUUGGGCGUCGUGUAUCUCAACACCUGGGUGCCUCAGAACAUCUGCAUCCCCACCUGCGGCCUGAUGGACUACCUGUCCAGGGAUCCCAACGACAAAGAUUCAGAGGUUCUGAUCGGCCACAUCCGGAAGAAGCUCAACAAGCAGACGUUCCCGGAGCGCUGCAGCCUCUGUCAAGCCCCGCUGCCCUUCACCGACUGGAAACAAGCCGCCUGCGAAAACGGACACGUGUGGCUCAGGUGCGUGUUGUCAUACCAGGCCUGCCAGACGCUGACGUUCAGACGCUGCCUCCUGCAGGAUUGCAUUGCCAGACUGCCAGAGCCUGAGGGUAAGCGCCACUUUCCAUCCUCCUCCUCCUCCGUUUCGCAGGCUUGUCACCCUCAGCGACAGCCUUCGCCCCGCGCCGGCGCUCAGAUCCACGCCUGGCAUGUCGGGUUUCCACCCGCUUGAGGAGUUAAUACCUAAUAACCAGCGACCGCUUUAGAAAUCAGCCUCAUUUGCUCCGUUUCUGCGUCCCUUUUUUCUUUAAUUUAGUUCCUCCGCCACAUUUUUUAAACAUUUAUUGUGUCGUUUAUCAUCUUUUGUGAUAAAUUUCUUAUCUUUAGAAGAUUCUGAUUAAUUGUUGUCAAGAUUACUUCCAGUUAAUAAUGUUUAAAACUCCCCAAAACUGUCCAUAUUGUUACUUUUACUAUUUUGCUCCACUGUUUGAUCAAUUCGAGUAUCAAUAAAUAAGAAAAUAUGAUUAUUGUGUCCUAAAGAAGCAUAUUCCAAAAUAUUAUUAAUUUUUUAACAAUAAUUAAUAUGAUGAAAUACAGAUAAGACGCAUUAGAACACUUACUACUUCGUAUUUUAACAGUAUAAAUCCCAAAUAUACAGUAAAAUGUAUGAAUAUGAUGAGAUUUUGAUUGAUUGUUGUCAUGAUAAAUUCCAAAUAAUAUUUAAAAUCCCCCCAAACUGUCCAUAUAGUGUUAGUUUUACUAUUUUCUUCACUAUUUGAUCAAUAAAAAUGUAUAAAUAAAUAUAAAAAAUAUGAUUAAAUGCAGUUACUGUUGCAUUUUAGUCUUUAUGUGACUCAUGUCCUAAAGAAAAAUAUUUCAAAUUGUUUUUUAGCAAUAAUUUAUGCAGGCACUGCAAUAAAACACUUAUUACUUCUUAUUUUAACAUUAUAAACACUAAAUGUAUCUUAAUAUGUGCAGUGGAAGCCAUCUUGGCGCUACCAAAGAAGCUAACACCUACAGUUUUACUUGUCUUCGCACUCGGGGUUUCAGCCAAUCAGCAUCGAGGAAAUAAACGCCGUUCUUGGAUUGGCUGCUAGCUUAUAGCGCGUCAGUUAGCAUAUUAGCUAGGUACGUUAGCUAAAUAAAAUAAUUAUUUGAAAACUUUUUGUUUCUACUCGGGUUCUCUUUGUUCGAUAUGGAAGUUUUAGUUUGAAAAUCUGAAAACUGUCUUCAGUCAGAGGGCUCUUCUAAUGCGCUGUAGCACAGACAGUUACAGGAGAUCCUUCUAUCACUAUCUUCAAUAACUCUUUGAAAAAUUCUGAAUUAAAUUGAGCUACAGCAUUUCAUUUCCAUUUGGGAACAAUAAAGUAUUUUUGAAUUGAAAUAUUUAGGUAACUAAAUAUUUUUGAUGGAAAAAAUUGCAAGAUGUUGAUAACUUUAAGUUUCCUCUUCAGAUCUUCAUUUGCAGAAAGCCAAUAUUUUUAUUUUCAAAAUACUUGUUUUGUUUUUGGGAAUAAAUUAAAGAACUCUGAUCUUAAUUCAGCAUCUUAAACUACACGUUUGCUCUUCCAGUAAUCUAUUUUUAAUUAUUUUUACCUCCAUCCCUGAACAAACGGCUUCACUGCAAUUUUCACUGACAGGAGGCAAAUUAAAAAACAUCUUUUAUCGUGCCGCAAAGAGGAAAUUUAAGUUUAACAGCAGCAUCAAAUAAUAUAUUGUACAAGGAAACAGUGCAGUUAUUAGAAAUAAGAAUAUCAGACUUGUGAUUUAAAAUCCACUUGAAAUGGAGAAUGAUUUUAUCUUUUAUCAACCAAGUUUUUGGCCGAAUAAAGUAAGAAUGAGCCACAUCCUGUUCAUGUUACAUGUAAAACAUCAACCAGCCAAACUUUAGGGCAUUGUUAUGUGUUUGUCAAAUGGGUAGAAAUAACAAAUUUAAACUGCGUUUGCAAUUUUAAUUGAUAAAUAACCAAAAAUCAAUUAGAAAUUGGAGUUUGAACACCAUUGGUUUAAUAAAUAAUAUAAAUAAUAAUUUUGAGCUUUCCUGUGUUUUUUUUAAAUGUGCAUUUCAUAUCAGGUUCCAAUCAUUUUAUGCUUUAAACUUCUAAAGUUGUCAGAUUUUAUGUUUAAAAUGUGUGAAAUAUUUAUCUGUGACUUCAGUUAACAGUUUUAUUUCUCCGUUUGGUGGACAAACUUCCUGUUU